AUGAUCGAAACCAGUCCCGCGUCCGCCAACUCUGCUAUCAAUGCCGAAUUUCCUCUUGUCUCUCGCCUUACAAAGGGCCUUCAAGAAUGUGACUGGAAGCAGUUGGAGGAAAAAUACCAGGAUGCCAUGAAUGAGCAUAGCCGUGUGGAAGAGGAUAUUCGUGUGGAGACGGCAAAGCUGCUCGAGGUUUUUACAGCGUGGUCUCAGACUACCGUGCUACAGGAUGAACAACGAGCCCUGAAACGGUUCAAGACGCAGAUGCAGCAUGUGCAAAAUUCCGAAAUCAUCGUGGAAAGCAAGAAAACACAUUACAUGGAGGUUGUAAAGGCAUUCCAGAGCGCUCUAGCCUUGCUCAAUGGUCAGCUCAAAAUCUGA